CUCUCAAUUGUAUAAUCUCCUCUCCUGGGUCGUCGUAAUCGUGAUCAUCUAGAAGAAAGCAUGACUACACUAGAUUUGACCAGAGCCGAGCUUGCUCUUAUUGUUCUCUAUUUGAACAAAGCUGAGGCUAGAGAUAAGAUAUGCAGAGCUAUCCAGUAUGGUUCCAAAUUCUUGAGCGGUGGGCAACCUGGUACUGCUCAAACUGUCGACAAAAACACCAGCUUGGCUCGAAAAGUUUUCCGUCUUUUCAAGUUUGUCAAUGAUUUUCACGGUCUUAUCAGCCCUGUGCCUAAAGGAACACCGCUUCCUCUUGUCUUACUCGGGAAGUCGAAGAAUGCACUCUUGUCUACCUUCUUGUUUCUUGAUCAAAUCGUCUGGCUUGGUAGAUCCGGCAUAUAUAAGAACAAAGAACGAACUGAAUUGCUUGGACGUAUAUCACUUUUCUGCUGGCUGGGAUCAUCCGUUUGUACAAGUGCAGUCGAGAUUGGUGAGCUUGGAAGGCUCUCUUCAUCUAUGAAGAAGAUGGAAAAGGAACUCAAAGAUGACGAAAAGCAUCAUGAUGAGCUGUAUCGUGCUAAGCUUCAGAAAUCAAACGACAGAACUCUAGCUUUGAUUAAAUCAAGCAUGGACAUUGUUGUAGCCAUUGGUCUCCUUCAAUUAGCUCCAAAGACGAUUAGUCCUCGUGUCACUGGCGCUUUCGGGUUUACCACCUCACUUAUCUCUUGUUAUCAGUUGCUUCCUUCGCGCCCCAAGUUGAAGACACCUUGAAGACGGAAGAAACUUGUUCUCUAGACUUUCAGAAUAAUUGUUUCAUAUUCAUUAGUAAACCUGUUGUGUUCAGGUAUUCUAAGGAGUCUAUGUUGCUCCUUUUGAAUGAAUUUGCUGCUCUUAU